AUGGGGGCGAUAAUGCGUCAGUGAGGUGUUUAGAAACACCAGAAAGUAAAAGAAGACGAAAUGAGCGAAACUCAAACUAACUUGUUGGUGUUUACCGUGUAUAGAUCAUUGUAACAGAGAUUUAUAUUUCUAAUUUUCUUCUUGUUUAAACUGUUAGCAAAUAUCGUGCAUUACAAAGACGAAAUAAUCACUGUACAUCAAUGUAUAACCACGCCAACUGGAUACCAAGAAUCUGUUUUUAGCUGUAAGUUAUUUAGCAGCAAUUUAAACUAGCCUGGCUAAUUAGGCUAGUUAUGAGUGCUAGCCGGGUUAUAACUUCGACACACGGUAAAAAGAAAGCAUCAUUUGGUCGGAGCAGGGAGCAACGACCUUCUAGAGCCAACAAUGUCCUCGCCGAGAGGAACCAGACGGUGGUAGCGGUGGGAGCCUGGGUGGAGGACGGACAAGACUUCCUGGAGCACCCGUCUGCUCUUGCCUCCUUAACUGAGGAGCUCCAGGCAGCAAGGAGGAGGGAGAAUGAAGAGGGCCUUAGACGAUUUCAAGAUGAAGUGCGCCACCGUGUGGCACAACGAGCUCAAGUCUGUAAUAAGAGACCGCAGGUGGAGACAGAACCAGUGGUGAAACCUGACAGGAGCAUCACACAAAAACAAUAUGGGGUCUGGGCCCAGCCUGUAGCUGCUAGUGAGAGGCUGAUGUCUGCGGGAGGUGCUAUACAAAAGAGGCUGAUGGAUGGGAGAUCUCAGGAGUCUAGUGAAGGGAUGAGGCAGGUCAGACUCAGACUGGCUGCCUGUCGGAUGAUCCUCCAUGAGGGAAUGAUGACAGACCUUCCUGGAGGCAGAUGGAACAUCUGCCAAACCAGACAUCAGGAAGCCGAAUCUCUGAGCACAGAGCAGGAAGAGGGAGAAGAGGUGGAGGUUGUUCAAGGAGAGGAAGACGAUGAUGAAGGAGAUGAGCAUGUUCUCACCAGUCAACAUGAAUGUCCCCUCGUUCAGCAGAAGGUGAGUGGACAUACGCUGUGGGGUAUUGACAGACCACAGCCUGAUCCUGGUAUUAAAUCCAACCUCAGAGUCGCACAGGUCCUGUGGCCUCUGCCUAACCAAGAAGAACUGAAAAGACAGCGUCAGUCUCAGUUCCUCAUGCACCGCCGUCAGUUCAUGAACACCGAGAGAAAGCAAGUGAAGGAGAACAACCAGCACAGGAAACACCUGAAGAGAACAGCAAGGAUCAAAGCAGAGAAAGAACAGAUUCGUUGCCAGGAAGAGAGAAAGCUGGAGAGAGUACGGAUGCUCACUGAGGCCCGGCAGAAGCUGGAGGAGAGAGAGCUACUGAUUCUGGAGCGACUGAAGCUUGAAGAGGAGGAGAGAGUUAUGGAGCUGCAGAGAAGAAGAGAAGAGAAAGGGAAAGUUGCUGCAAGCAGGUUCACUGAGGCUCUGAAAGCUCGGAUGAAGGAGCGACUGUCUCAGGAGAAGCUGGAUCUCCCUCCUCUCUGCUGCUGUGCCUCCUCGUUCUGGGACUCCCACCCCGACACAUGUGCUAACAACUGUGUUUUCCACAACAACCCCAAAGCGUACGCCCAGGCAUUACAUUCAGCACUGCUGAGUUUGGAUUUAGAGUAAAGGAAGCUACAGAACUGAGGUGGAAAUACAGUGCAAAUAGUGAAUCCCAGAGUCUGAAGAGGAGUUGGACAUUGGUUUAAUCAUAGUUCGUCCAGGACACACGUUCAGCCUCCAGACUGAAAUAUCUGAACGUUACUAGAAGGAUUUCAAUGAAAUUUUGUAGAUGAAUCUAAAUAACUUUGCUGAUUCACUGACUUCAUCGAGCGCUACCAGCAGCCUCAUGAUGAUUGAUCAAGCAAAUAAUAAGCCGAUAAAUCGGUAUUGAAAGUACUCUUUGUUUGUAGCCUUACACCAGUAAAGGAUUUCCACCUGAAUGUUGAUGCACCAGUAAUAACAGUCCAGUUAUACAGUAUGAUGGUCACUGGGAUCAUCCUGACAAAGGAAUACUUAAUGAUACUUUAUUUACCUUUUGCCAGUGGUGGAAUGAACCUAAGUACAUUUAUUCAAGUACCCAACUUAAAAACAAAUGUUAGGUACUUGUACUUUGAGUACUUUCAUUUCAUACAACUUCAUCUAGUAAAAAUUCAAAAUUGUAACAUCUUGUAGAAUAUGAGGCACUGUAGUAGAUGGUUGCCACAGAAUAUAAAGUACUUAAAACUGGUCGUGGCCACAGGAGUUUAGUUCAAAACAUUCCUUAAUGCAGUACUAAUAUCAAUCUAAAACAUCACAGGCCUAUAAUAAUCUUCACAUUUGGAGGGACUAUUUUUCUGCAUAAUGAGUAGGUUACUUUUAUAUUUAAUUCUUUAAGCACAUUUUGCUGAUAUUCUUUACACACAUAUGAAUACAAUUUGAAUGCCUGACUUCUGGUGGAGUGGGGUACUUCCUCCAUCACUGUAUUUUAGGCCUACAUUUAGCUUACCUGUACUUUUUACACAUGAAAAUGUAAAGAUUCAAGGGAAGAUGCAAAAAUGGUGAUUUUCUGAAGCUGUGUUUUUAUUUCCCAUCGAGUUGGGUGGGGCUGCGACCUCCGAGUCCCGCCCCCCUAGUGGGGAACCACCGGGGAUCGGUACCUCCGCUGUUCUCGCCGUGACGUCACGGGCAGGAUCAGCUGCUCACACGGAGGCUCCGUGUGGAAAACUGGAAUAACA